AUGACACCAGCUACGGCCGCAGGAGUCCCACUGCCAGCAUCUGUGGCGUCGCCCUCUGUUCACACGCGACCUAUCUCUACCAAGGCGCAGUCUGUUGCCGACGCUGGUGCAAAUCGGGCAAAUCGGAUCAGGUCUCCUAAAGCACAAUCACGCGUUCUUUCUCCAGCUCGGACGGGGGGCGAAAGACCUUGGUCGCCAUGCUCCGUUGCAUCUCAUGGUCAGUCACUGAAGUCGCGCAACACUCAGAAGAUACAAUGCACCGUCAGUCGCCUCUCACAGAACCUCUUCCACAAGGCCAACUCAGAUGCCCUUGGCACUACGCCAGCCCCCGCGCGCCGACGCGCUCUCCGCGACGCACGCGAGUGA